AUGUGCUUCGGCGGCGGAGGUGGCGGCGCCGUGGACCAGGAGGGUCUGGCAAAGAACCGCGAGAUCGAGAAGACUAUCAAGGCUGAUCAGAAGAAGGCCGCGAGGGAGGUCAAGCUGCUGCUACUAGGUGCCGGAGAGAGCGGCAAGUCCACUGUGCUAAAACAGAUGCGCCUUAUCUACUCCCAAGGCUUCUCUAAGAGCGAAAAGGAGGAAUGGCGCGCCAUCAUAUUCAACAACAUCCUCACGGCCUUCCGCGUCAUAAUCGACGCCAUGGAGGAACUCGAGAUCCCGUUCGAAGACCAAUUCAAUAGCAAAUAUAUCACACUCAUCCUCGUCGAUCAUGAUUUGGGACCGAAGGACCCGUUACCGACGGAAUACAAGACGCCGUUUAAGGGGUUGUGGUCCGAUGCAGGGGUGCAGAAGGCGAUUGAGAAGGGGAACGAAUACGCUUUACACGAUAACUUGAACUACUUCUUCGAGGACGUCGACCGCCUAUUCGCGCGCGACUACGUGCCCACAGACCAGGAUGUGCUGCGCUCGCGCCUGCGCACAACGGGUAUCACUGAGACGGUCUUUGAUCUCGGGAACCUGACAUACCGCAUGUUCGACGUUGGAGGACAGCGCUCUGAGCGCAAGAAGUGGAUCCAUUGCUUUGAGAAUGUUAACUGUCUGCUCUUCCUCGUCGCCAUUAGCGGUUACGAUCAGUGUCUUGUUGAAGACAAGGAUGGCAACCAAAUGCAAGAAGCCCUCAUGCUCUGGGAAUCGAUCGCCAACUCGCAAUGGUUCACGCGCUCGGCACUGAUCCUCUUCCUCAACAAGAUGGAUCUCUUCAAGUCCAAGAUCAAGGACAACCCGAUCACCAAGCACGGCUUCCCCGACUUCGUCGGCGACGCCAGCGACUCGAAGGCCACCUCGAAGUACUUCCUCGACAAGUUCAAGGCGCUCAACCGCAACCCGCAAAAGGAGGUCUACGGCCACUUCACCAACGCUACCGACACGAACCUGCUCAAGAUCACCAUGGAUUCCGUCCAGGACAUGAUCAUCCAGCGCAACCUCAACCAGCUCGUGCUGUGA